AUGACUGGCUAUUGCAAUGCAAUGAGAAAGUUGGAAAAGAAGUUUGAAGGGUUAGAGCUCCACCACAUACCCCAACUGAAGAAUCAUGCAGCUGAUGACUUGGCAAAGAUAGAUUCCAAGCGGGAGCCCGUUCCCAGCAAUGUGUUCUUGGAGCAUCUUCACACCCCGUCAGUUCAAGAGGAUCCUUUCACAGAAGAGCCCCCACAACCGAAAAGUCCCACUGAUCCGACUGAGGUUGAAAUCCCAGCCGUGGUCGACCUGAUCAUGGAGGUUUUGGUCGUCAUCCCCGAUUGGACGGUGCCAUAUAUUGCAUAUCUGCUUAGGAAAGAACUUUCAGACGAUGAAGAUGAGGCUCGUCAGAUUGUCCGUCGAUCCAAAGCCUUCAUCGUGAUAGGUGGACAGCUUUACAGAGAGAGUGUUACUGGAGUCGCCCAGCGAUGCAUCACGCCAGAAGAAGAUAAUGGCUCCACUUUGAUUCUGACAAGUUCAGAGCAUUAUGCGCUUCCCAAGGAACUCGGGUAG